CCACAAAAUGUUUAUUAAAUCAAUUUAAACACUAUUUUCAUAAAAUUAUUAAUUUAUAGUUAAUUAUUGUUUAAUAAGUGAUUAUAAAAUGGCAAAAAUGAGACGAAAAAUGUGACCAUUAUUUCACUCCAAACGACAAUUAGUUUUAAUUAUUUUAUUAUUAUUUCAUUUAAUGUUUCAUUAAAUCAAUUGUUUGUGUCAUUGAAUCCGCGUUUUGUGUGCGAAACCCAUUGAACGCCACGUGUUUUCGCGACAUGUCUUCGGCCGCCGGCGCUGUGGAGGACGUGAUGUCGGCCACCGAUCGCGACAGGAGGUCCUCAUCCAUGACCUCCUCGAAGACGGCCACCGAUGAUGACUACCAUUCGGCCGAUGAUAAUAACGGCCACGCGUUUGAGCCCCUGAUGUCCACCAACACGACUACCAUCACCGCUGGGAACCGCACUCUUAGACCAAAUUCAAUACUGAAGGGCAGUUCCCAACACAAGAGGUCCUGUUCUACAGGACAACAAAUAACACUACCGUUUGAUUCAAACGACUCAACGCAACAAAAGCUAUUGAAUAAUACGUGUAAUUGUCGGACAAAAUCCGUACAAAUACUGACCCCCAGUCAAGAGAAGGACGAACAGGACUUGUGGCCCAACGCCGACACCGACGCCAAGAGGCUGUCCGGUGACCACAACGAGAGUCGCGACUUUUACACCAAAUACUGUGCCAAAUGUGAUAAAAUAUUGACUAAUAUUGGCUUUGAUUACAAUAAUAAGCAUAAUAUGAACAAAACGUCUGAUGAAAAUAAGUGUUUGUCUAAUAAGUGCUACUAUUGUAGCGAUUGUGAUAUUUAUGAUAACAAUACCUGUGCUACCGGUGCCGCCACGGCCUGCAAUGGCACUGGCGGUUCCGCCUCAGCAGCGGCCGCCGCAGCCGAUGGCCACACAUGUAGUCAAUACCAGUGCCAUCGACACCAAUACAACAAUUCCGAUAAUUUAAGUCAGUAUUCACUUCAUAUGGAAAAGGAUUUUAGGUAUUACUUCCAACACCCGUACGCCCGUCUAUUCGUCGCCUAUUUUGUGGUUUUCUGCAAUUUCCUGAUCUUCGCUGAGGACCCGCUGUCGCACUCAUUGAUGGAGUGCUCGAUACCGGUGUUGGGGAACGUGAUCUCCUUCGUGGCCACGAAGUACCCGUUGGACCCGUUCUGGAUCGGCGUCAAAGUGUGCUCGUGGCUGACGGCCAUUGUGGUGGGCCUAGUCUUCGGCAAAUACGUACUCCACCAUCAGCUGCUGCGGCAGGUGUUGCGGCUCAAGAUGUUUCGGGACGAGUGCGGCACCUGGAUGAUCAUGUUUGCCACGGCCUUCAUUUCGUGCUUCUUCUUCUCCAUUGGUUAUAACUGUUUGCUUGUGUGGGCACAUCCGGCCGCCGAUAAGCUUAUUAUCAACUCCUAUAUGGGUAUGACGUACGCCAACUUCAUGAAGGUGGCCGCCUGUGGCACCUGGUGUGGCGACUUCUUCACCGCGUGGAUGAUCACCGAUAUGAUGCUUCAGGACAACCUCUACCCCGGUUGGGCCCGAAGGCUGCGGUCGUUUUGGCACCGGCACACCACCACACGUAUACUCGUGUUCUGGACGGGAGCCCUAGUGAUCGCCGCACUGGUCAUCACUCUCAUCGUCACCGAUAAGAUCAAUUGGGAUAAUCUCAACAAAGACCUCAUCGCCAGCACUGAACUGUCCCGCGCUUUCCUCGCCUCAUCCAUACUCGUUAUGGACCUAUUGAUUGUUAUGCAGGACUGGGACUUUCCACACUUUGUAUGCGAUCUAAACAUCAAACUUCCCGGUUUAGUGCAG